AUUUGUAAUUGAAAUUCUUUCAGUUGACUUCUAAUGUGAAUAGGUAGGAAUUAAAAAUGAUUUUAAAACUAAUUUUAUUUAGUGUUUUAGCUAUAAUAGUUAGUGCAGAAAAAGUGAGAUAUGACAACUAUGCGUUGUACAAAGUGAAUCCUGAAACUGAGGAACAAUUGAAGUUCCUAAAGGACUUGUAUGAGAAGAAUGAAGAAUAUGACUUCUGGAAGGCCCCUAGUCAUGUUGGAGAAUACGUGAGCUUAGUUUCUCCACCGGAAUUGAAAGAAGAGCUAGAACAUUCUUUGAAGAAACGCAGCAUAUACUCUGAGAUUACAUUAAACAAUUUGCAAGAAGCAUUUGACGCCCAGCUCUACAGCAGAAGAAAGCGUGAUACUAGAGAAGGAUUAUACUGGACCAACUACCAAACAAUUGAUGAAAUCUAUGGAUGGUUCUCUGAUUUAGAAAGAAACAAUAGCAAUGUUGUCAGUGUUGUUACUAUUGGACAGACUCAUGAAGGUAGAAACAUCACUGGAAUCAAAAUAUCCCGCGGCUCUGGUGACCGAGUAUUCUUCUUGCAAGCCGGAGAGCUUGGCGCUGAUUGGCUCUCUCCCGUAAUCUUGACUUACAUAGCCAACGAGCUGAUCUUCAGCAAUGACCCUGAAAUUAAAGCUGCAGCCGAAGACUUUACUUGGUACAUCUUUCCGCUGACCAAUCCUGAUGGCUUCCAAUUCUCUCAAGAUUCGGUCAGACUUUGGAUGAAAAACAGAAGGCCAAUCAGUACAGGCGUCAUUGGAGUAGAUUUGUCUAAAAACUGGAAUUCUCAAUGGGGAGUGAGCGGUGGCAGUCACUCACCUUCAGCAUCCAACUUCAUUGGUGAAGGACCGUUUUCUGAACCAGAGACCAGACAACUAUCCAACUUCAUUGAUAGUGUCAGUUCGAAGCUUACUGCUUUUCUAUCAUUCCGCUCUUUUGGACAACGGUUCCUCAUUCCUUUUGCGCACUCCAAUGAUCCAAUUUACAAUUACAAUGAAAUGGUAACAAUCGGGAGAAGAGCAAUGGGCUCCUUAGCAGUUCGCUAUAACACGCAAUAUCUUGUUGGAACUUCAAAAGCCGUGCAUGAUGGUGCAACAGGAUCCAUAACAGACUGGGUGAAAUACCGCUACAGGCCACGCAUCGCUGCUACCUACAUGCUCAGGGAUACCGGCAACUCUGGUUUCUCCUUGCCUGUCAACCAGAUCACACCUACUGCUGAAGAGACCCUGGACUCUCUUCUAGCUAUCAUUAGGGAAGCUAAGUUCAUUAACGUUCUGUAAAUGUGGUUUGUUAAUAAAAUCUGUUUUUAUGAUA